GGGAAGGGCGGCCGGCAGGAAGUUCCCCUUCUCGGGCGGGCCCAGCAGCUGCUUGUGCCGCGGCGGCGGCGGCGUUGAAAUGCGAGGCGGAGCGCAGGAGGAGCAGGAGGAGGAGGAAGAGGCGGCCGCCAGGGCUCAAGAGCCGCCUUCUGCUCCGGAGAGCGACCCAGGCGCAGCCCGGCACGCAGCGCCCCCUUCCCGGCUCUCCUGGCCAGGCCGGCGACCCCCGGGGAGACCCUGCGCGGUGCGCAACGCGCGUGGAGGGGCGCUGACCGGGCAUGGCGCUCUGGAGGGAAGUCGCGCUGUUGCUGCUGCUGCUGCCUUCGUGGAGAUGCGUGGCCGGCCCGGGGCGCGCAGCAGAUGCCCCCGACUCGCGACAUGAGCGAUGCCCGUUGCUGAUGGCCGGUCACGCCGAGGAUCGCAUCGGUUCCCACAGUUUCCCUGCUCAGCUGCGACUUGUUUUUGAGAUUGAAGGGGAACGCCUGCGUUUGGAUUUGGCACAGAAUCGGGAGCUGAUGAUGGGCAGCUCAGAGUUAACCUAUUAUCUGCCAAAUGGGACAAGAACAGUGCAUCCAAACAAGCCGGAGAGCAACUGCUGCUAUUGGGGUCGCAUUCAGGGGUACCCCGACUCUUGGGCCAGCAUCUGUGUUUGCUCGGGUUUAAGUGGUCUCCUUACCGUCUCCCAGUUUAGAAGCUACAGCUUGGAGUCUAGCCCAGAUGGGCAGACGAGGGCCUACAGACUCCAAGGAAUGAAACCGGUGACCGGGAUUUGCAGACAAUUUCACCCACAACUGCAGUCAAAGAGGACACCGCUGAAACGGGUGAAGCGAGAAGCAGAGGCCGAACGUGGUUAUGUGGAGCUGGUGAUCGUGGUGGACCAGGCUGAGUUCAAGCUGAACUCGAACCUCAACAGGAUUCGAACGCGGAUCUUCGAAAUCGCCAGCCACAUGGACGGGUUCUACAGGCUGCUGGGUCUGCGGGUGGCUCUGGUGGGCGCCGAAGUCUGGAAUAACGGUAACCGUGUGCCGACAAAUGGAACCGCAAAAGAGAUUCUCCAGCGGUUCCUUGAGUGGAGAGAGAAAGAUUUGCUGCCCCGGAUUCCGCACGACAACGUUCAGCUCAUUGUUGGUCCUCCGUUUCCCGCCGGCGUCAUUGGCGCGUCCACCCAAGGGUCCAUCUGCUCUAAGCGCUCCGGUGGAGUCAGCAUGGGCCAUUCCGUUAGUUCUUUAAUCAUGGCUUCCACUCUUUCACAUCAACUCGGCCACAAUCUCGGUCUCGCCCACGACAGCGACGCCUGUGGCUGCAACACUUCCAUCCGUCCCCCAAGCCGGAAGUGCAUCAUGGAAGCACCAACAGGGAUUAUGCCCGGGUUAAGUUUCAGCACCUGCAGCCAACAACGUUUCCAGCAAAUCCUCCAGGGAAACCAGGUUAGCUGCCUCCUCGACCAGCCCGAACCAGCCCGCAUGGUGAAGUCCCACUGCGGGAACCGCCUGGUAGAAUCUGGAGAGCAGUGUGAUUGCGGCCUUUUUUUGGAGUGUACAGACCCUUGUUGCAACGCAACGACGUGUCAAUUGGUGGCUGGAGCCCAGUGUGCCACUGGUCAACCAUGUUGUCACCAGUGCAAGCUGCUCAGUGCUGGACACACGUGCCGGGCAGUCCGGAACGAAUGUGAUCUCCCGGAAUUCUGCGAUGGGACUUCUCCACACUGCCCAUCAAAUCUCUACAAGCAAGAUGGCACUUUAUGCGAAGGCGGCAAAGCCGUGUGCCAUGGGGGGACCUGCCCCACUUACUCCAGCCAGUGCCAAGCCCGUUGGGGUCCCGAUGCAGUUCCCGUGUUGGAGGGCUGCGUGGCGUCUCUGAAUCAGAGGGGCGACGCACGGGGAAAUUGUGGGCAGCAUCCCAACGGUUCCUACAUCCCCUGUGCCAAGAGCGACGUCCAGUGUGGGCAGCUGCAGUGUGAGAGAAGACGGAACGGAUCGGUCCGGACGUUCAACUGCCUGUGGGAUGCUCUUAGGAUUGUCGUUGCUGCUGAUGUUGUGGACGAGGCUGGGGUGUCACCCGGGACCAGUUGUGAUCCUAACAAAGUUUGUAUCAACCAACGAUGCCAGGAUGUUUCCUCCAUCAAAUUCCCAGUAUGCCAGUGCAGCAGGCAUGGGGUUUGUAACAACAAAGGGCACUGCCAUUGUGAGCCCGGGUGGGCGCCCCCUCAUUGCCAGACCAGUGGCCUUGGGGGCAGUGUGGACAGUGGGCCCCCUGCCCCACAGGAAGCGAGCCGGGCAGCCUCGACGGCGCUGGUGGUGAUCUCCCUGCUCCUGGCGGCGUUGCUGGUGGUCGGCCUCUGUUGUGCCAAACGGCUGGGUCUCCACAAGCGCCUCUGCCAGUUUGGCAAGGGCACAAGUUGCCAGUACAGGGCUGAGCCAGAGUUGCGGGUGCAAUUCCUUCACCCAGCCGAAAGGAUCACCCAGCUGGAACCCCGAAGUUUCGGCAAAGAUCCGCCAAGCCGUCCGCGGCGCCCCCAGUGGAAACAAAGCACGGACCUUCAGCUUAUGCCCUCAAAGCAGCCCGUUGCGUUGGGUGCCCCGCGGCCCGACCCACCUUCCAAGCCGCUGCCGCCUGACCCGAUCCCGAAGGAUCCACAGGACUCCGCUGGGGAUCGACCCGGCCCUCCUAUACGCCCGCUGCCUCCUGACCCCAUUCCUAAAAUUCAGUCCCCUGGCCCCACCAAGCCACCCCCUCCUCCCCAGAAGCCGUUGCCUUUGGAUCCGCCCCGUGCCGUGUCCAGCUGUGAUCCUGAGGUCCAGAUGUUGCCAUCCAGACCGGCCCCCCCUCCCCCUCCCACGCUGGCCGGUUCUUCCGGACACACUCGCAAAAUAUAACCUGGCUCGCUCCCUCGAGCUGCACAAGUCACUUCUCGCGGAAAGGACCCUCCGCCAUCUUCCCCGUGGCUCGCUUGGCUGAGUUCGGCUGUACAUUUUGCAGAGCGCCGCCCUCCUCCGUCCGUCACAAGCUCGGGACAGCGAUGGCGGCUUGUCCGGGAUGGACAUUGGAUAGCUGGGAAAUUUGCGGCCUAGCAGUCAGGAGUUCUAACUUGACUAAAGGGACACCAUUUUGAUCUGCUUCGAAUUUUUUUCCUGGGGGAAUUCUGGGGAAAAAAUAUAUAUUUGCACUAGCAAGGCGAACUCUCUGUGGCGCCCCCUGGAGGUGCAACUCUGGACGUGUGCAAGGGGAGUUGCACACCCACAGGUGUGCGAGAAGAAAGCUAUUGGAUCCAUCUCCACUGGAAUAGAUUCACCGAAAUGGCUGGGAGGCCAUGGUUUUUUUUUUCUUAAUAAAAAGAAAGCAACUCCCUUGAUUUGGGGGCAAA